UCUUGGGCGGGCGUCAUGGCGGAGGCGGCCUCUGCCGACCCGGAGUCGGAGACUCUGAGGCUGAAGCGUCUCCGCGGCGGCUUCUUCACGGUGCCUCCGGAGCACAGGCUGGGAAGAUGCCGGAGCGUGAAGGAGUUUGAGAAGCUCAAUCGGAUCGGAGAAGGGACCUACGGCAUUGUGUACCGUGCUCGGGACACCCGGACGGACGAGAUUGUAGCCCUGAAGAAAGUGCGGAUGGACAAAGAGAAAGAUGGAAUCCCCAUCAGCAGCCUGCGGGAGAUCACCCUUCUGCUGAAGCUGCAGCACCCCAACAUUGUGGAGCUGAAGGAGGUGGUCGUGGGGAAUCAUCUUGAGAGCAUUUUCCUGGUGAUGGGCUACUGUGAGCAGGACCUUGCCAGCCUCCUGGAGAACAUGCAGGUUCCCUUCUCAGAAGCUCAGGUGAAGUGCAUCAUCCUCCAGGUUCUGAAGGGCCUUCAGUACCUGCACGACAACUUCAUCAUCCACAGGGACCUGAAAGUCUCCAACUUGCUCAUGACUGACAAAGGCUGUGUGAAGACAGCGGAUUUUGGGCUGGCUCGUGCGUACAGGGUGCCUCUGAAGCCGAUGACUCCCAAAGUUGUCACGCUCUGGUACCGAGCCCCUGAGCUGCUGCUGGGAACAACAACACAGACUACAGCCAUAGAUAUGUGGGCAGUGGGUUGCAUCCUGGCAGAGCUGCUGGCCCAUAAGCCCCUGCUGCCUGGGAGCUCAGAGAUCCAGCAGAUAGACAUGAUUGUGCAGCUCUUGGGCACGCCAAAUGAGACCAUCUGGCCGGGCUUCUCCAAGCUGCCCCUGGUGAGCCAGUACACCCUACGUAAGCAGCCCUACAACAACCUGAAGCACAAGUUCCCCUGGCUGUCGGAAGCUGGGCUUCGCCUCCUCAAUUUCCUCUUCAUGUAUGAUCCCAAGAAAAGGGCAACGGCCGGUGACUGCCUGGAGAGCUCCUACUUCAAAGAAAAGCCUCUGCCCUGCGAGCCGGAGCUCAUGCCAACUUUCCCGCACCAUCGCAACAAGCGGGCUGCCCCUAGCGCUGGCACAGAGUGCCCAGGCAAACGCAGCCGGCCCUGAACCUAUUUGCGGCCCGUGAGGACAGGAGUGGUGUGUACUUGUGCAUGCAGGGCAAAAUUUGCCUCUGAAAGAGCUCCAGAGCGUUUCAUGGUAGAGGAGGAGCCUGGAGAGGAGGGUUCUUGUCCCUGUCACAGGCUUCUUGAGUGGCUGAGAGUUUCUUGGAAUAGAGAGAAGGUGAGCUUGCUGAAUGCCAACCAGUGUUGUGUUGCUGGGUGCCUCUGGAAGCUCGCCAGUGGGGUGUGAUGGUGCCAGCUGGCCCCUUCAUGCUUGCCCCAGCGUUUGACACACGGGCACAUUCAGGCCCUCAGCGUGUCACCCGUCUCCACGAUGAUCCUUCUCUGCUAGCCAUCAGCAAGUCUUAGGACAGUCUGUUCUGUACAUCACUUUGCCCCAUGGAAGGCCUCCUGAGGAUAUCCAGAACUCUGUCUUAGAGAGCAGGCCAGGUGGGGGGCAGGAUUUGUGCACCAGGCACAGCAGCAUUGGCCGCUGGGCAAGGAGAUGCAGCUGCUGAGCAGCAACCAUUACGCCACAAAUUUGUCUAAAACCUGUCAGCAGACCUUGUGGCAAGAGAUAUAAAUUAUGC